GUUAAGACGAUGGCCGACCAGGCAUUUUUGGAUGACAACCGUUUUGGCUGUUGACUGUCUCCAGGUAUUGAGAGUGCUCAAAAGGUAUCUAAAGUAUCAUACAGCAAUAAAUUAACAGCAACUAGAAUGGAUCUCUUUCAAGAAGAGGACUGGCCAAAAGAGGCCGACAAGAUGUACGAACGAAUCGAGGUCUUGGGGAAGGGUAGCUUCGGAUUAGUAUGGAUGUGCGAGCGCAAAACAAAGGCUGAUGACGAAUUUGACGACAAAUAUGUCGCUGUAAAGAAUAUCGAAAUCAAGGAAGAGAAGGGAAAAGUAUAUGCCCAACGAGAAAUUUCUAUUCUUUCGGAACUAAAACACCCCAACGUUAUUCGGCUUAUUCGAGAGUUUCCGAUUUACAAUAACAUCAGCCGAUUGGUUGCUCUUCAGCUUGCUCGGGGACCGAACCUUCAACGGGUGGUCUCGAAACGUGGUGCUCUUGGAUUGCCUCUCUGUCGACUGAUAUCAAGAGAGCUAGUGGCAGCCGUGUCCUACCUGCAUGGCAGGGGUGUUUUGCACCGGGAUAUCAAGCCAACGAAUCUCAUUCUAGAAAACACCGAGAUUCGUCCCGUGGAUUAUUACGAUUAUAGCCGCGACAGCUCCAUUUGGAGUGACGGGCGGGAUGCCGAAGAAAUGGUCGAACGUAACAAAUGGAAGGUCAUGCUGGUCGAUUUUGGUUUCGCCCGAGCCUUGACGGCAAAUGAAAUCGAUUUUUAUAGAAGCGAAGCCGAUGAUAAAACUCCAGAUUUGGCCAAAAAAUCAAGGCGCCAUAUGCGUAAUAGUAUUACUUUGGAGUCGAAAGGUCCUCCCACUCAAACCAAGCCGCCGUCUGCUGCGGUUAAUGUAGACGACUCCGACGAAGAGCUAGCUUUAAUUACCAUGGCGGCAAACUCGAUGAGAACAAAUAUGAUGGACAACGCAGCACACCAGCCUUCGAAACGACGAACUUCGAACGUGUCAAACCUGGAAGAAAUAAAGGAGGCUACGAACGCCACCAACGGGACUCCAACGCCCACAGAAGAUAGGGUCGCACCAAUCAAAUCCAAAAACCGUCGUGAAUCGAUUACACAACAGAAGGUUCGGUCGAUGAGUGCGUUGGGGACCAAAGCAUACGCGGCGCCGGAGAUCAAGCACGAUCUUCGCAACAAAACUAUUGAAGACAUCAACAAGACAAAUGCCGCACUGACAGAAUGCGUUGCUGAUUAUGGAAUGAUCGUGGACGCAUACUCGGUCGGAUGGACACUACGGGUCGUCCUGACGGGGGUUCCUCCCAAUUCCACCAUUUCCAAGUACAUGCGCAAAUACAACGGGCAGAAAGCGUCGGCCGAAUUCACGGACGAGGUUGUGUGCUGUUGUUCGUUCUUGGGAUCGCCUACCGAUAUCGAGGAAGAAAACAAGACGCAGACAAAGCCAGACUUCAGGGUUCGUGACACGGACGAAAUACCGAGAGCAGCAACUAUAUUCAUUUCACAGCUGACCAAGAAAGAUCCCGAGGAGCGCAUGAGUAUUCGACAGGCUCAGCUUCACCCAUGGAUCAAGGGAGACGAACAAAAAGGGGAGCCACUGUAUAAAGUACCACAGGGCGACUACCCUUCCCAUCAUGGAGACCCGGUUGUUCCUUUGAAAUGUGCGGCCAAUCUUACAAAUAUUGUCGAGAUUCACAACAUCAAUAAAGACCAAUAGUCGACAAUGCAUUUAUGGAAUACUGUUUUUAGAGAUAGAGCUUUUCAAGAACCAAUAUUUUCCAUUUUGAACCGCGGAGAGAGGAUCGACAUAUCCGAGAACUCUAUUUUGCACCAUUCUAACCACUUCUACUACAGCAUUUCAUUUAGGUUCAAAUAGAAAUCAGAGUAGGAGAAUCGUGGUGAUACUGUAACGAUGGGUUAUGAAACAACUCUUGGCGUUUUUAUUGACUGCGAACACCACUACUACUAUCGGUAGUAAGUUCUGUAAUUGCUUCGAAACGAAGCGACAAACUAGGACGAGUAAAAUAAUAAUAAUAUUGAUAUGCG